AUGCAAGUCGACGUGGAAGUAGAGGAGACUCUCGCCAAAUUCUGGUCUAGAUCGGAAUCCGCGGCAGAAUGCGGAAUGGAAGCCGCCGUCGAAGGGGCCGCGGCCCGCGGGCGAGUGGCACCGCACGGCGUCUGUGUGCGUGCGUUCGCGUAUGGUGGCGUGUCUAAAAAUUCAAGUCGCGGCGUCACGGAGUGCAGCCGGUCUCGCGCCAUCGGGCUAAUGAGCGGGCGGGGUGCGGGCGGGGCGGGGGCGCCGGGGCGCGGCGGGGUGCGCGGUGGGGGCGCGGAGGGUAAUGGCGCGCGGCGUCGGAUGUCGCCGGGGGGUGCCGCCGCGCCGCCGAUAACAAAAUCACUAGAGAACGUGCCGCGCGAGCCGCGAAGCGAUCCGCCGCGGAGGCGGUGUGACGCGGCGACAGCGUCGCCAAAGACUCCAAAACUCGGGUACAAAGCUGAAUCAAUGGCAAAG